GUGAUGCGAGGACUCUCCAUCUCUCUCUCUCUCUACCUUUUUCGAUUUUGUUCUUAUAAUAUUUUCUCAUUUAUUGAAUAUUGUUUUCGAUUGUGCGUCUUCUUUGCUCGAAGCUACUUUUUAAUUUUCUCUGUCAUUUCUCAUCUUUUGUUAUCAAUCAAGCGCUUCUUUUCGUUCGAACUUGCUUUUCUCAAAUGAAAGGUGAUCAUCGUGCUCCAAGUACUUUUCCGGUUCAAUGUUCUACUCUCCAGAUCAACGGUUAUGCUAUGAUUAAAAAACGACCAUGUAAACUCUCGGAAGUGAGUGCAUCCGAGACUGACGGAAAGGUUCAUCUUGUCGGAACGGAUAUUUUCACGAACAAAAAGUAUGAAGAUUCCCUUCAACCCUCUGAUAACAUUGAAGUUCCAAUGGUUAAACUUAACGAUUAUCAACUGCUUGAUAUCGAGGAUAACUUGUGUUCGAUGAUAAGUCAGAUGAGAAGUGUGAAAAGCAAUUUACGAUUACCCGAAGGGGAACUUGGUACCAAAAUCGCAACGGAGUUCGAAAAAUCUAAAAAAAUCAUUGUCACUGUUAUAAGCGCUGCUGGUGAAGAAGCGAUUAGUGAUUUCAAGAUAAUCGACGGUUAAUUAGAACU